CCUGAGACGCGCACAUCACGAUGACCGUUUGCGUGCCUGAACCAGCGCCUAGAAAGGGAGGGAUCCAAUACUUUUCUCCGAUUUAUAUGGAGAAACGUGGGUGCUCUAAGAGAGACGCACUGGGGGAUGCUGACAGCUUCUGUAAGGGGCUGUAAUACGCAAUGGUUUGGGGGCAUAAGCAGGCAUCGAGGAGCGGCGAGUGAAUGAAGAGAAAAACGACGGGAGCAUCGCUUUUUCACUCCCAUUGCGGGCCGGCGUGAAGGUGUAAUUACGUCAUAGACCGUAGAAACGCGGCCGCCUCCGGCUUUGGGCAGCGCACCGAAGUCGCCUUGUGGACCGCUCCGUUUGCCCCGAGUCGGCAAUCUAUCAUUUAAUAUCCAAGGGCAUGAGGAGUUCAGGGAAAGCAGCAAACUGCAGCGAAUGCCGUGUUAAUGUGCGCUGUCAUAUGGAUGUGGAGUAUAGACACACACACACAUACGCGAGUCUUGUGUGGCUAGGGAAUAACGCGCAGGUUAACUUUACCGAGACGUUUUCACACUUAAGAGACUAACACUUCGCUGCCGUCUCCUGUUUUUAAUCGCAGCUUGGAUUCACGUAAAAGAUCCUGCGCAAGGACAACGUCUCCCUUGAUUAAGAAUAUAACAAUAAAUAAUUAGCUAAUCCUGCAAUGGAUCCAGUACCGGAAUACUCCCUCUUCUUAGUAAGGAUCCUGGAAGAGUUGGACGCGAAGUACAGCAGUGUUUCCUACCAGGACCUGUGUAAGUCUCUGUGUGCCAGGUUCGACUUGGUUCACUUGGCCAAACUGCGCAGUCUGCUCUUCUACACAGCCUGCCUGGACCCCAGCUUCCCAGCCACACUGUUCAAGGACAAGAUGAGGUGUUCCGUGGACGACCAGCAGUCCAAGAAGCUAAUGGUUGCUGCAGACAUCGUCACCAUGUUCAACCUCAUCCAGAUGAACGGCGGCACGGCCAAGGACAAGUUGCCAAUGGGACCCAGGCCCAAGUUCCACAAGAACCAGUCUUUUGAAUCGUGUAGGUCGGACACCGACGUGUAUAAGUACUCUCACUCCGAUAGGGCGUACGACUUGCUAGAAGCCCAGGGACAUCCCACGCUGCAAGCCUCGCCCCGCCCCGAGUCUGGCUGCAACAGCUGUCAGCACUUCAUCCCGACCUCUGACCCCAACUUUCUCCUGGGAGUCAGCAAGGAUAUGAAAUGCAGGGCGGCAUCACUCGAUAAGCUCCAGCACCUUCCGCAGUAUUCCCGCGGCAGCUCUCCACCCUGUGAGAUGCAGAGCACCUAUUUUCCAAUGGAGAUCGACAGCGAAUCCACCACGGACCAGGACUCCUUGCAUUUAAACCCCGGGAUAAAGGAGACGUUUAUUUCUAAUGCUGAGCCAUUUACUGUUCACUCUUGUGUGCAGAAGAGAAAUAUCUUCAAGGAGGAUUUUCACAAUCAUGUAGCUUUCACUCCCCAGGUGCUAACCACAGAAUCUAAUCCGAGCGUUAAAGUGAACGAGGAGUACCAGAGGAAGGAGCCACACAAGUCCACAGCCUUUUUCAACCACAGCUUUGAGCUGCCAUACAGCAACCCCUAUUUCGAACCCGUAGGAUCCCCCGUUCAGGAUAAGAGGCGGGUGAAACAUGAGAGCCUGGACAAUCUUCAGGCGUCCACGUACUUCGGACCAACUACCGUGACGGAGUGCGUUAAUACCAGGAAGACGUCAGGGAAGCAAAGCAAGCAACCGCAAUGGCCCAUAAAGAGCCUGAGUUUGAACACAGAGGAGGGACCUGACUUUGAGAGGUCCUUCCUGGGGGGACAGAAGUUCAAAGACGGCCACCGACGCAACAACAUGGAGAAUGAGCAGCACUACCAAGGCGCCAAGGAGAAGCCGCCAGUCACCACCUCGGGGUUCUGCGUCAAAUCUAAUGGGCCAAAAAUGAAAGACAUGGGAUCUAUGGCCAGCGGUGCUGCUGCAGACAGGCGAGAGGUUAAGAGGUUUAAAGACAAGACCAUCAACUGCACGUCUUUUCAGGCAGGAAAUGUGGACAGCACCCUGAGUGUAGGGACACAGACUGAGCAACUUGACCAAAGGAGGCGGAAGGAAUUUGCUGGUCAUGGCAAAUAUGGAGAAAAGCAGCCUUUCAAGCUCUCCGACGAGGACUCCGAGAUCGUCAGCGAUGAUAUCAGCGACAUUUUCCGCUUCUUGGAUGACAUGAGCGUGUGUGGCUCCAUGGGCGUCAUCCAGUCGUCCUGCUAUAACAGCAAUGGCUCUCUGUCCCAGGUGACAAAGUCAGACGGGGACAGCACACCUGAGCACAACACGAUUAAGCUGGGAAAGGGCGCCAACAAGUUAGACCGGCUCUUCCACUCACUGGAGAGCUCUGAUGACGAGCUGAAGGCCAGCGUUUGUAAGCUGGUCCUUCGGAUAGGCGAGAUCGAGAAGAAGCUGGAGUCCCUCUCCGGUGUCCGAGGUGAGAUCUCUCAGGUCCUUUCGAAGCUGAACAGGCUCGACGAGAAGAUCCAGGAGCCGGAGGCUAGUGGCAGGACAAAAGAUGGCAACGCGGCCAACCUCCACCCUCCAGUGUUCCAGUGUCACACCACUGGCCAUGCAGUGAAGGUGGACGGCGGCCCGGAAUGGUGCUGCUCCGACGCCGGCGGGAGCAGCAAUGAUGGCCUGAGGGUUAAAGCACUGAGGAGAAGUUUCUUCACCAGAAGGUCCUCCAGGUCCCUUACAGAGGAGAACAGUGCUACGGAAUCUAAGGUGGCCAGCAUCUCCAACUCCCUGAGAGACUGGAGGGCUGUGUCCUACUCCAGCCACCCGGGAGAUAAUGGGAAGGAGAAAGAUGGCAAGGAUCGGCAGCGAAAGUCGAAGGAGACAGAGCGCCAGUGUGAGGCCCCCCAGGUUCACCGCGCAUCCAAACCCCUGAAGGACUCCUACGUGGUUGAGCAGGUGUUCAGCCCGCACCCUUUCCCCCCCUCCGUGAAGUCGCACAUGAAGAGCAGCCCCCUCUAUACAGACUUGCGGCUCACCGACCUGUCAGAGGGCAAGCGAGCGCAGCCAUCCUGGACGAUCGAGGAGUACAAGCGCAACGCGAUGGACAAGAGCAAGCUGGCCACGCUGGACCUGCAAGGACAGGAGUCUUUGAACCCCAACAACUUGGAGUACUGGAUGGAAGAUAUUUACACGCCGGGCUACGAUUCCCUGCUGAAGCGUAAAGAGGCGGAGUUUCGCAGGGCCAAAGUGUGUAAGAUCGGAGCCCUGAUUGCAGCGGCUGCCUGCACUGUCAUCCUGGUCAUUGUGGUGCCCAUCUGCACCAUGAAGUCAUGAUGGGUUCCACCAGUGAAUCCCCUGGUUGUGACGUUACACACCACAAUAAUAACAAUAAUACUACUAAUACAGUAUAUUCAACUGAAUGGAAUGAAGUGUUGUGGAUGUGCUUUUAUUUAUUGAAGCCUCCAGUAAUAUAGAUUUAUUUGUUAUGUUUUGUUUGAAUACUUACAUGGAGCAGUUGUUAACUUUAUUUUUUUAUGUAUUAUUUAUUCUGGGAUUGAUAAGUAUACUACAUUUUUUUCUAUAAAUUUACAACAGAGAGUUUAUAUGACGAGUGGAAACUUUGCCGGGUGUUUUGUUUUUUUAAAUAAUGUUUCGUUUUAUAAUAAUAAUACAUUUUUAAAUUUAAAUAUGUGUUUCUCGGUUGUGAUGGAAGGAACACACUGUAUAUGAAUUUUGGUCUAACUGACCUCAUGUGUAAGUGAGCGAAUUGAGCUGUUUAAUACUUUCAGAUUAGUUGUUAUUGAUGCUGCUUUUAACUAACUUCAGUGUGGGGUUGAGCUAAUGAGAAUAUAAAUACAAAUAUUUUCUUUCUUUUUUUAAAUGCCCUUUAUCUAAAACAGUGAUAAUUGAUUACUUGAAUUAUUUUGUUGUAAAAUUUUGUUCAAAUAAUGAAUGAAAUGGUUACCAUUCAUUUGAAUGAAAUCUAAUAACCUCCCAUUCUGAUUGUUAUGCCCAAACGGUUUUUGUACAAGCACAAACAUUACAAACCACUUAUUUUUUUUUUCACUUUUCAGCUCAGUCUAAUCUAAUUGUCUAAUAAACUGAGGGCCGACCCCUGAACAAAGUGAUGCAGAUGCGGAACAAACAGUUUUGGGAAUAAUGAAGACAGUUAAGGGGUUUGACUAAUGUAUUUGUUUUCGAAAACACUUAAGUGAUGGACAAAAAUCCAAUAUUCAGAAGAGCAAAACCAAACAGCAGCGAAUGUACAGAAGGAAACAUCGUAACAAACUAUAUAAGCACGACUAAAUCUCUUACCAUGUGUCAUACUGGCAUGUUGAACUUCUGUCAUUUAUUGAAAAUCGUUACUGAUUGUAUAUAAUGUAUCUUUAAUUUAUUUAUGCACUAACAUCAAACCCUGUUCUGGAGACUGAGCCCCCUCCCCCUCCCACUGCCUACUGUGAUGUAAUGUACUUUAGAUGUAUGUAAAUAGUCCCAUGGGGCCUUAGAAACAUCGACUGAGAAGUGUCCGUCGCCGUGAGUGCUGUAGUCAUGCCAACAGUCGCGUUCGAAAACUCAGAGGCUCGUCAUGGCCGUACCCCUGAAGCCAGUGCUGUCAGAGUGAGCAGGCACAGCAGGAAAAGGUUCUUCAAUGAGUUUGCGAACACACUAAGACGUACUCUGUCCUGUAGCCUUGCCUUCAACACAGGAACUGUGACCCGUAGCAUAAUGUAGUUCUCUGUAAAUAUUUUAAGCACAUAAUGUAAACUAUGGCGUAAUUUAAAUAGAAUAAAACAUCACUGUUCGUACUGCA